CAUACGACUACGCUGUUAGAGACAAGGUUAAGAUUUUGCGCCGUCUGCACUACCACUGCAGUUGCAAACUUCAUAGACGGUUAUACAGGGUUUUCACUUGCUUGCUCCCUCCUUACUACGAGUGCGGUGAAGAGUCUUGAACGGUACCGGUACUUGACAAGAAUAUAGCUCGUUUGGCGGCGUUGAUAACUCCUAGGAACUAGCCUUGCCGCGGCUGAUCUAGGCGCAGAGGAGCGUAGAAAUGGGGAAAAAGAAGAAGAAUAAGGAGCAGGAGACGGUUUUCUGCUACUAUUGUGACCGUAUUUUUGACGACGAGGCUGCGCUGAUUGUGCACCAGAAGAACAAGCACUUUAAAUGCCCAGAGUGCAACCGGAAAAUGAACACGGCACAGGGGCUUGCCACCCACGCGUUCCAGGUGCAUAAGCUUACCAUCAAUGCGGUCCCUGCGGCUAAAGCAGGACGGGACUCCAUGAGCGUGGAGAUCUUUGGAAUGGCGGGAGUGCCGGACGACGUUCGUCCAGCUAAGCUUCAAGGCGAGGGGCCCGCAGCAAAGAAAGCACGCAUGGACGAUGACGAUGACGUAACACCGCCCCCGGCACCCGCACCGCCGCCUCCGCCCAUGGCAGCAGCACCCGGGGCCUUCCCCCCCGUCGGACCCCCGCCUCCGGGCAUGCAUGCGGGGGGAAUGCCGCAACCCCCGAUGGGGUACCCGCCCGGCCCCUACGGAGCUCCGCCGCCCUACGGCUAUUCACCCUACGGGCCGCCUCCCCCGGGCUACCCACCACGGCCGGGCAUGCCCCCGCCCCCCUACGGAGCCCCACCGCCGUACGGUGCGCCACCACCGGGCUACCCCCCUCGACCCGGCAUGCCGCCCCCGCCAGGCAUGCACCCGCACCCCGGGAUGCCGCCGCCGCACCCGGGGAUGCCGCACCCCCCAGGCGCCCCGCCACAGCCCGGCAUGCCGCCCCCCGGGGCACCCCGGCCGCACGGGUCGUACCCUCCGCCGUACAUGCCGCCGCCGCAUGGGGCGCCUGGGAUGCCGCCGCCGCUGUUCCCCAUCGGGCAAGGGCCGCCGGGGGGGCCGGGGCAGCCGCCGGCGCUGUUCCCCAUAGGUGCACCCCCGCCCGGUGCGCCAUCCGCGCCCUCCUCCGCGCCCGGGGGCCCUGCAGGCGCGGCGCCGCCCCCUGCCGCCGCCGCCGACGGGUCCGUGGUGGUGUGGACGGACGAGGAGUACUCCAUCGAGGAGCGGAGGGCGCAGCUGCCUCGGUACGCACCCUCGCAUCCGCCGUCCGCCGCAGCGCAGCACAACGGUGUCCUAGCAUGAGGCGGCUGUGGCGGUUGGGGUGGGAGGAGGAGGGUACAGAGGAAGAAAUUGACGAGGAGGAGGGGAAGCUGGGUUGUAUUGACCACCGGACAAGGCAAGCCAACCGUCGGCGUGGGCUUUCCGGAUGGCGACCGGCAUGUGGCCUGCCGGGGUUGUUGCGGUGUUACGAGCAGCAGGCGCUUGCUAGGCAAGUGGGCAUGCAUGAUGGUGGCUUGCACACUCGUCACGCCUGAUGAUUUUCGGGGUCUUGCACCUUACUUAAAGAGGGACCGGGGGACCGCGGGGACGACACACCUUUACCGUCGCUGCUGGCGUUGUGACUGUCUGCUGGGCUUGGUUAGAAGGCUAGCCCUGGGCUAGCUUUCUUUACCGGUAAUGGGGGAACACCUGGCAGCCGGACACGGUAGUGGUGGAACGCACCGCUUGCAAUGUGCUUGGGCACAUGUUUCUUGGACCGGCUGUCCGCCGCUGCUGGCUCAGUUGAAUUGCCCUGCCGUACCCGUACCCCGCCGUACCAGCAUGAGACCAUGCUUGACGCAGCAGCAGCAGUACACAGCUGGCUUGGCUUGCAGCAAACGACUUGUUGUGGAUGCCGGGGCGCGGUUUGCGUGGCUAAUGGAGGGUCAGUUGGACAUUAUCGGGCUUGCCGGACAUGGCAUUUGACGUGGUCCAAAUCAAAUCGACCGAAAUCACUUGCACUUGGACGAUGGGUCUAACAUGCUUCAAUAUU